GGGAGGCGGGAGAGUGGGUGAGUAAGGCAGCCCAGUGCCCAGGCUUUAGUCUCCCCUGCCUCUCCAGGCCAUGGGCCCCCUGCCAGGUGAGGGCACUGGCCAAGGCCCAGUGAGAGCAGGGCAGGCCCCUUUCCUCACAGGGGCCUGCUCAGAGUUCAAGGGUUCUGGGGAGAUCAUCCAGGCUUCCUUUAAACUGCUGCUGCAGCCGAGGCUGGAGUUUGGAGUUUGACCUGUGUGGAACUUUCUCAGCAGGGAGACAGAACCACCGCUAUCCUCUGCCGCAAAGGACAGGAAAUCCCAGGGGUGUCCCUCCUCACAGUCCCUGAGAACUUAGGGUGGUAGAGUCUGCACCCAGAAGAAGGACUGGGAAGUUCAUUCAGCACCAUGGAGAGCGGCACCCUCAGCCCUCAACCUCCACAGUCUGGUGCCCUGGAGGCUUUCCCCCAGAAGAGCCUGGAGCCUGGGGACAUUGCUGUCUUGGUUCUGUACUUCCUCUUUGUCCUGGCUGUUGGAUUAUGGUCCACAGUGAGGACCAAGCGAGACACAGUGAAAGGCUACUUCCUGGCUGGAGGUGACAUGGUGUGGUGGCCGGUGGGUGCAUCCUUGUUCGCCAGCAAUGUUGGAAGCGGACACUUCAUUGGCCUAGCAGGGUCCGGUGCUGCUGUGGGCAUUUCUGUCGCCGCCUAUGAACUUAAUGUAACCACGAUGCCAGAAUACCUAAGGAGACGCUUCGGGGGCAGCAGGAUCUCCAUCACCCUGGCUGUGCUCUAUCUGUUCAUCUACAUCUUCACCAAGAUCUCAGUAGACAUGUAUGCAGGCGCCAUCUUUAUCCAGCAGUCCCUGAACCUGGAUCUGUACCUGGCCAUAGUGGGGCUGCUGGCGAUCACAGCUCUGUACACUGUUGCAGGUGGUCUGGCUGCUGUUAUCUACACAGAUGCGCUGCAGACUGGGAUCAUGCUCGUAGGGGCAUUCAUCCUGAUGGGCUACAGUUUUGCAGCUGUUGGUGGGAUGGAAGGCCUGAAGGACCAGUACUUCUCAGCCCUGGCUAGCAAUCGGAGUGAGAACAGCAGCUGUGGUCUGCCCCGAGAAGAUGCCUUCCACAUCUUCCGGGACCCAGUGACCUCUGAUCUCCCUUGGCCUGGGAUCCUGUUUGGAAUGUCCAUCCCAUCUCUCUGGUACUGGUGCACAGAUCAGGUGAUUGUCCAGCGGAGCCUGGCUGCCAAGAACCUGUCUCAUGCCAAAGGAGGUUCCCUGAUGGCUGCGUACCUGAAAGUACUUCCUCUUUUCCUAAUGGUGUUCCCUGGUAUGGUCAGCAGGGUCCUCUUUCCAGAUCAAGUGGCCUGUGCUCAUCCCGACAUCUGCCAGCAGGUCUGUAGCAAUCCCUCUGGCUGUUCAGACAUCGCAUAUCCUAAACUUGUGCUGGAACUUUUGCCCACAGGACUCCGUGGGCUCAUGAUGGCUGUGAUGGUGGCGGCUCUCAUGUCCUCCCUCACCUCCAUCUUUAACAGCGCCAGCACCAUCUUCACCAUGGACCUGUGGACCCACAUCCGGCCACGGGCAUCUGAAAGGGAGCUCAUGAUUGUGGGCAGGGUGUUUGUGCUGGUGCUUGUGCUGGUCUCCAUCCUCUGGAUCCCUGUGGUGCAGGCCAGCCAGGGAGGCCAGCUUUUCAUCUACAUCCAAUCCAUCAGCUCUUACCUACAGCCACCAGUGGCUGUGGUCUUCAUUAUGGGAUGUUUCUGGAAGCGUACCAAUGAAAAGGGUGCCUUCUCAGGUCUGAUCUUGGGCCUGCUGCUAGGAUUGGUCAGGCUGGUCCUGGACUUUGUCUACGUGCAGCCUCGGUGUGACCAGCCCGAUGAUCGCCCAGCUGUGGUGAAGGAUGUCCACUAUCUCUACUUCUCCAUGAUCCUGUCUUCUGCCACCCUCGUUACUGUGAUCACUGUGAGCUGGUUCACAGAGACACCCUCCAAAGAGAUGGUCAGCCGCCUGACUUGGUUUACUCGUCAUGAGCCUGUGGUCCAGAAGGACCCAGUACCACUGGCAACCCCCCUGCCUACAACCCUUCCUCAGAAUAGGACUACAGAGGCCACCAGCACCAGCAUCCAACUGGAGACAAUUCAAGAAAAUCAGAACAAAGCCCAUAGCCAGGAUGUGUCCUGCAAACAGUCCAAGGUGCUGAAGGCUAUGCUGUGGCUCUGUGGAAUGGAAAAGGACAAAGAGGAGCCCCCAAGCAAAGCAGAACCUGUCAUAGUUUCCUUGGAGGAAAAUCCCCUGGUGAAAACCGUGCUAGACGUCAACUGUCUUGUGUGUAUCAGCUGUGCCAUCUUCCUCUGGGGCUACUUUGCUUAACACAGGGGAGCCCAGAGAAUCCAAGCUCUCUGUGUGUUUUC